CCCUUCUGCUUCUAUGUGGACUCCCUGGUGCCUUGCUCCUACCGGAAGGACAUGGGGCCCUCGCAUGUUCCCAGGAGAACCGUGCUCUUCCAGAGGGAAAGGACAGGCCUGACCUACCGUGUGCCUGCGCUGCUCUGUGUGCCUCCCAGACCUACCCUGCUGGCCUUCGCAGAACAGCGACUUAGCCCCGAUGACUCCCAUGCCCAUCGCCUGGUGCUACGGAGGGGCACGCUGACCAGGGGCUCAGUGCGGUGGGGCGCUCUGAGUGUACUGGAGACUGCCGUUCUGGAGGAGCACAGGUCUAUGAACCCUUGCCCGGUGCUGGAUGAGCACUCUGGUACCAUCUUCCUCUUUUUCAUUGCUGUACUGGGCCACACGCCAGAGGCGGUGCAAAUUGCCACUGGCAAGAAUGCUGCUCGCCUCUGCUGUGUGACCAGCUGUGACGCUGGCCUUACCUGGGGCAGUGUGCGGGAUCUCACUGAGGAAGCCAUUGGUGCAGCAUUGCAGGACUGGGCCACCUUUGCCGUGGGUCCGGGCCACGGAGUUCAGCUGCGCUCGGGUCGCCUGCUUGUUCCUGCUUACACCUAUCAUGUGGACCGUCGGGAGUGUUUUGGCAGGAUCUGCUGGACCAGUCCCCACUCCUUGGCCUUCUACAGUGACGACCAUGGAAUCUCGUGGCAUUGUGGAGGCCUUGUGCCCAACUUACGCUCUGGAGAGUGCCAACUGGCUGCGGUGGAUGGAGACUUUCUCUACUGUAAUGCCCGGAGCCCUCUGGGUAACCGUGUGCAGGCACUGAGUGCUGAUGAAGGCACGUCCUUCCUCCCAGGGGAGCUGGUGCCUACAUUGGCUGAGACGGCUCGUGGCUGCCAGGGUAGCAUUGUGGGCUUCCCAGCUCCACCCUCCAUCGGGCCUCAGGAUGAUCGAUGGCCAGCGAGUCCUAGGAACACCCCACAUUCCCCACACUUCGAUCACAGAGUACAGGAGUCUUCAGGGGAAGGUGCCAGAAGUCUUGUUGAAGGUUGGGUGCCCAGGUUGCCUCUCUGCUACCCACAGUCCCGGGGCCCAGAGAAUAAUGGCCUAGAGAUCGGGCCAGAUGGAGAUAAGACCUCCUGGACCCCGGAACUCCCCAUGUCCUCUUCCGUGCUUCAGAGCCCCACGUGGCUGCUGUAUUCCCACCCAGCAGGGCGUAGAACUCGGCUUCACAUGGGAAUCUACCUGAGCCGAUCCCCUUUAGACCCCCACAGCUGGACAGAGCCCUGGGUGAUCUAUGAGGGCCCCAGUGGCUACUCUGACCUUGCCUUUCUUGGGCCUGUGCCUGGGGCAUCCCUGGCUUUUGCCUGUUUGUUUGAGAGUGGGACCAGGGCAUCCUAUGAAGACAUUUCUUUUUGCUUGUUCUCACUGGCGGAUGUCCUGGAGAAUGUGCCCACUGGCUUAGAGACACCCAGUCUCAGGGAUAAGCCUCAGGGGCAUUGCUGGCCCUCUUGAUGGCCUGGCUCUCUGGCAGGCACCUGGGGAGGAAGGGUAGACUAUAUAGAGGAGGUUAGGGGCAGGUCAGCAUGAUGCUAGGAUGGGGAGAGCUCUGUCUUUUCACAGCUGGUGGUGGUGACUCACCAGGGAGCCAGCUGCUUUCUGAGUG